AGACACUUUUUAAACUUCAGAAUAUUUUUAGUUGUAUUUCUUGAAAUUUAUGUUUAUGAAAUUAUUACCUAUCUACCUAUUGGUUAUUUGUGAUUAUAAACAUUUAUUCGUUUUCGUAAUAAUAUUUUAUACAAUCUAUAAAACUUGAAUACGUUUAUCAAUAUACCUACCUAAUUUUUAUCUACACCAAUUAUUUUCUGAAAAUCCUGAAACAUACGUGUAUAAAAUGUAAGUACAAGUUAUAAUACUUUUCAAUUUGUAAUUAUUAUUAGUUACUUAAUUAUUUGUUUUAAAUAUUAAUUUAUUUUCUCUUAGUUUGCAUAAAUAAUAACAACAAUACAGCAUGAAUAACUAAUUUAGACCCGUACCAUAUAACUAGUAGAUACUACUGUUUAUUUAUCUAUUGUGGCAAAAUUACUUCAAUACUUUGUUUCUGAUAUAUACUUGCAAUUAGAAAAUAUAUACUUACAUUUUAAUUUAUGAAUCAUUUUAAUAAUUAGUUUAAAAAUACAAAAUAUGUUUAGAAAAAACAAAAUUUAAUAGAAAUAAUAAUUGAAUUACAUAUUUGAGUAGUACUCAUUCAUAGUAAUAUGCAUAAUUACUAUUUUUUAUUAUAUUUAACAAUAUUCCAAUUAUAAUAUUUUGGCAAUUGAUUUUAUUAAACCUCAAUUUAUUAUUAAAUAUUUUAUAAUUACAUUUAAUUAGUUUCUUUGUUCUGUAUCAGUCAUAUAUCAAUACCUAACUAAUAAUUUUCAUCAUAAUCAUUGUAGUAAGUAUUUACAUGUAAUAAUAUAAUGGAAAGUUAUUAGUUAUGGAAUAAUCUGUUUUUAUUUAAAGAGGAUAGGUAUUUCAGCGACAUUGUGUUUUGUAUUCACAGAUAUAUAUUUUAUAUAUAUAUAUAUAUAUAUAUAUAUAUGAUGAAAACAAUAAUAAAUCAAUUAAACAUUGCAACUCAAACAAAAGAAAAGUGUAAAUUUGCCCAACUCUGGACAUUUUUUGAUUACUGAAUUUUAACAAGUUACAACGGCCAAUCAGAAUACCAUAAUAUGACAAAAGGAACACAACAUCGCUGGAAUACCACUUUUAAAAAAUCAUUUUGGGUUUCAUAUAAUAAUAUCAAACAGUGUAUACUUCCUAAAAAUAUAGGAUAUUAUUGUUUUAAAUUUUUAGAUCAAUUUGCAUCAUUGUCAUUCCUUAAUUUGAAAUGGAUUCUACAGAUAAAUUCUUGAAAACAUUAAGUAAAGAUCAAAUAACUCAAAUUGUGUCUAAUGUACAAAAAGAUUUGGAUAAUGAAAUAGUGAAAACAAAGCAAACUCUAGAACAAAUUGAUCAAAAUAUUAAUAUGUGUAUCGCUAAUUUAAAAAAUCUAAGAAGAAGCAUUGUCAUUUCACAUUUUGCAAAUAUGAAAAAUAAUACUGAUGGUCAAAAAAAUCGACAGAGAGAUGCCAUUCUUAGAAACAUGGAAUGUGAGGAUGAAGCUAAAGAUUUAAGUGUAUUUAUGACAAAUUUGAAUACUAUAUCAACAGAAAUAAAAAAUGAAUCUGUGAGCAACAUUGAAGAAAUUAGUGAACCAAUUUCACUUUCAAAGAAUUCUUUGCCUCCAACAAAUUUUAUCCCCAGUUCUGGAUUAAUUGAUUUAUCAUACAUUAUUGGAAACACUGUUACAAUUAACAAGUCUGAUCAUCAAAUGAAAUAUAAAUGGACUGUUUAUGUACGCAAUGCAGAAGAAUCAAUAGAUAAUUUGAUUUACAUUGAUAAAGUGACUUAUUUUCUGCACGAAUCUUAUGAACCUCAUCAUAUAGUAGAUGUAGUCCAAAAACCAUUUUCGUUAACCAGGCAUGGUUGGGGAGAGUUUGUAAUCCGUUUACGUUUGUACUUCAAAGGUAAUAUGAAUGUUCAAACAGAUGUAUAUCAUAAACUGUGUUUGGAUAAAGAUAUAACAGUCGGUAUUCCAAUGGUCGCCAAAGAGCAAACUGUUAAUUACAAAUUGUUACUGCACAAAUAGUACAAGAUGUACUAUUAGUUUAAAACUUGUAUUAUUAUCAAUAAUUGAAAACUGUACAAUUUUAAUUUUAAUUAUUUCUAUAAUUAAUGUUAUAUGUAUUUUGUAUAAUCUACAUAACUAUGUAAUUAACAUACAUUACAUACUUUAAUUUAACCUAAACUAUGUUUAAUUGUAUUUUUUUAUAAACCGACUAAAAGUAACAUUGAAGUUUCUACAAUAUACAAUAAUUUGUUAUGUUUAAUUUUGUAUUUCAAUUAGAAUUAAGUACAGAUUUCUAAUUUUGAAGUUUUAUUAUAAUUUAUUCUGGUUAAAAUAAAAAUAUAAAAUCUUUUAUUUUGUGUAGAUUAAGGUCCUUGGUGUUUAUGCACUUUUCCAGUGUACUAAAUAGAUGAUGUGUAGUAUAAUAUUAAGUAGCUGUAAUCCACAAAUUAAGAUAUAUCUUUAUUUGUAUAAUCUAAUAAUUAUAAUCAGUACUUAUGGUGAAUAGCAUAAUGCUGUGAUGGGUAUACAUUUUUUUAGGUGGGAAAUUAGAACAGUAGAAUACAUAAAGUAAUUUAAUUUAUAUUUGCAUGCAUCGAGAAAUCAUUG